UAUAUGUGCUACUGUCGGACACGUAUGCAUUGGUGGACUUCGCGCGCAUAAUGCAGGAAAGGCUGCUUUUAGACACUGGAAAAUAUGUGAUCAUAUCUGUUGAAGAGGAAGAGGUCUACGAUCCGAAUAAGAAGAAACAGUACAUAAGCAGAGAAUUUGAGACACAUUUGGAUUCAUUAGAUCCGUUGCCCUUCCGAGCAAAGAAACAGUACAUAAGCAGAGAAUUUGAGACACAUUUGGAUUCAUUAGAUCCGUUGCCCUUCCGAGCAGUCUAUAUGAUAACCCCAACGGCGCCCAUAAAUUCCAAUUAUACUGAUUUCAAACAAGAAGUCAACAAAAGAAGUCGACUUUCUCCUUUCAAUAUACCUUUCCAUCCACACAUAACCAUCCAGGUGCCCAUUUAUGCCGGAUUAGCCUAUGAUGCGGUCAUGAUUUAUGCCAAUGCAUUAACACGUGUCCUGUCAAUGGGUGGCUCUAUAUUAAACGGAUCAGCAAUUCUUGAGGCCAUUAAAAGAAAAUCAUAUAAAAGUAUUUUAGGAUUUGAAGUUAUGAUCGAUGAGUCAGGCGAUGCUGAGGGGAAUUACACACUCCUUGCGCUUAAUUCAAGGGAUGGCGAUAGAAGUAUGAGACCCGUCGGCGCUUUCUAUCACAACAAUUCUGAUCUUCCGACUCUGAGACUGGAAGAAGACAUCGAUUGGAUUGGUGACGGACCCCCUUUGGCUGAACCCCACUGUGGCUUCGAAGGAGAAUAUUGUGAAUACAAAAGGGAUUGGAAACUCAUCUUUAUUUUUAGUAUUUCUUCAUUUAUUGUAUUAAUUGCCGCGGUUUUUAUUUUCCGACACUAUAGAUAUGAGCACAAAUUGACCAGAUUAUUGUGGAAAAUUGAUAUGAAAGAAGUAAUAGUUCUCAACACUAAUUCUGACAGUGAUGUCUCAUCUCAAACCUCGUUUGGGAUCGGAGUCUAUAAGGGAAAUGUAGUGGCAAUCAAACGAAUUUUCAAAAAGUCUAUUGAUUUGACCAGAAAUGUCCGAAAAGAACUCAUUCAAGUAAGAGAGAUGAGGCAUGAAAAUAUAAACUCAUUCAUUGGUGCCAGCAUUGAGUCGACCAACAUAUCUCUGAUAUUCCUGUACUGUGCCCGGGGUAGUCUCGAGGACGUUUUAAAGAAUGAAGACUUGGAUUUGGAUAAUAUGUUUAUCGCAUCACUGGCGAUGAUAUAUUUACACGACUCGGAAAUUAUAUCUCACGGGAGACUUAAGUCAUCGAAUUGUCUGGUGGACAGCCGUUGGGUCCUUCAGAUUACUGAUUAUGGAUUACAUGAAUUUAGAGCUAAUCAAGACUUUACACAUUUCGAUGAAAAUAAAAGACAAAGGGAUCUUAUAUGGAGAGCACCGGAAUUGUUACGAAUUAUUAACCCUCCGGCCAGAGGCACACAAAAAGGAGACGUCUAUUCGUUUGCAAUUAUAUUGUAUGAGAUUAUCGGAAGGAAAGGUCCGACGGGUGAACAAGAUUUGUCACAUAAGACUGUAAAAGAAAUUUUGGAGCAAAUUAUAAAUCCUAAUCAUUUCGGACACAUCUAUAGACCACCUCUUCGGGACAUGAAGUGCGCCCCAUAUAUUAUCCGCUGUAUCGAAGAGUGUUGGCACGAAAAUCCCGACUCAAGACCUGACUUUAGGUUUAUUAAUAUAAGACUACGAGAAAUGCAGGCCGGACUGAAACCAAAUAUUUUCGAUAAUAUGAUAACAAUGUUAGAAAAAUAUGCCUACAAUUUGGAGGGUUUGGUUCAGGAGAGGACCAAUCAAUUGGUCGAAGAAAAAAAGAAAACCGAAAAUUUAUUGCUGCGAAUGCUUCCUAAAUCAGUUGCGGAACAGCUGAAGAGAGGGGCAGCAGUUGAGGCCGAGUUCUUCGAGUGCGUCACCAUUUACUUCAGUGAUAUCGUUGGGUUCACCACUUUAUCCGCUAUUAGUACUCCGCUUCAGAUCAUCUCAUUAUUGAACGAAUUGUACACUUUGUUUGAUGAGAUUAUUGGCAAUUAUGAUGUCUAUAAAGUUGAGACCAUUGGAGACGCAUAUAUGGUUGUGAGUGGACUUCCGAUUCGUAAUAACGACAAACACGCGGCAGAGAUAGCAUCGAUGGCUUUGCAUUUGUUGAGUGCCAUUCAAAACUUUGAGAUCAAACACAGGAGUGGAGAAAGACUUAAACUAAGAAUAGGCAUCCAUUCCGGUCCAUGUGUUGCAGGAGUUGUGGGUCUGAAAAUGCCUCGAUAUUGUCUAUUCGGCGACACAGUCAACACAGCAUCCAGAAUGGAAUCGACAGGAAUUCCGUUGAGAAUUCAUGCGAGUGAGGCCUGUAAGACCAUUCUUGAUAAGUUGGGAGGUUAUGUCAUUCAAGAAAGAGGUGUCAUCUCUAUUAAGGGAAAGGGAGAAAUGAAGUCAUUUUGGUUAACUGGCAAACAAGAGGUCACAUCCCCGAUCUCUUUCCUCAGUGAUUCUUCGAAAAUGAGUCCGAAAUCAGAAGAAUUAUCUUUUGAAUCAAUGGAAGUGAGUCUGAAUGGAAGCAAUCGUUUCAAAAGUGGUAAUUCAUUGGAUGGCAAUAAUUGUUUCGCAAAUAUAUCGCAGAAUGAAGAGAUUAAUAGUCACACGAAUACAUAUUUCUUAGAUAUCUUUUGGUUUGAUGAGUGGUAUUGGGUUAGGAUUGGGAUAGAGUUGGACCCAGAAAUGAGUUCUUUUCCAUUCGCGAAGACUAUAUACGAGUCGAGAGCCAAACAUAAUCCAGAGCCUGAAGAUGGCCACAUACCUGAAGGCUGUUAUCAACAAAAUAAAGCCAAUUGGGUUGUGGAUCCAAAUAAUGAGAGUAAUGAGUGCCAAAUGACUGAUAUUGAUGGUCCGCCGCAAUCAACGGGUCGUCAGCACCCGGUCGACCGCUUAGACAUAUUUCACACUUUGCAAAACAAAGACAAAUACAAAUCAACAGAAUUUGUUGACAAGAAGACAGAGAAGAGAAGAGAAGACAUCCAAAGAAUACCAUCGAUUGAAGAGGAA